GGAGGGGACAUGGGCGGGGCUGAGGCGCUUCUCAUUUCCCCUCCAUGCUUAGCGGGGCAGCAGGGCUGGAGAGACCUCCGGGGAGCACAGUCGCCAGUCCAGCACGGAGACCCGCCUGGCCAAAAAAACGCGCCUCACACUUGCCAGGAUUGCCAAAUAUUCCUGAAAAAUAUACCUGCUAUUUAUGGCAUGUGGCUUGUAACUUUACUCCUGCUGUACUCUCUCCAAGAAGUACACAGUGAGGAUGUGGGCUCUACCAGGCUGUACUUUGUGAAUGCCUCCCUGCAGAGGGUAACCUACUCCAGCUCGGUGGGGGUGUCCCUGCCCUGUCCAGCAUGGGGCACCCCCAGUGCCAUACUACGCUGGUACCUGGCCACCGGCGAUGACAUCUACGACGUGCCCCACAUCCGCCAUGUGCACGCCAAUGGCACCCUCCAACUGUACCCCUUCUCGCCCUCCGCCUACAACAGCUACAUCCACGACAAUGACUACUUCUGCACUGCCGAAAACCAGGCCGGCAAGAUCCGCAGCCCGAACAUCCGCAUCAAAGCUGUUUUCAGGGAGCCCUACACCGUGCGGGUGGCGGACCAGCGCUCAAUGCGGGGCAACGUAGCUGUGUUCAAGUGCCUCAUCCCCGCUGCCGUGCAGGAGUAUGUCAGCGUUGUGUCCUGGGAGAGAGACACUGUUUCCAUUGUCCCAGGUAACAGGUUCUCACUGACCUCCUUCGGGGCUCUUUACAUCUCUGAUGUUCAGAAGGAGGAUGCCCUCUCCACAUACCGCUGCAUCACCAAGCAUAAGUACAGUGGAGAAACGCGGCAAAGCAAUGGAGCCAGGCUCUCUGUGAUGGACCCCAAUGAAUCUUCACCCACCAUCCUGGACAGUUUUCAAGCAGGGGAGGUGUACGCAGGCCAAAGUAUCGAGCUCCCCUGCAUCGCGGGAGGUUACCCCAGCCCCACCGUUCGCUGGCUCAAAGAUGGUCGCUCGCUGCCCUCAGAUGCCCGCUGGACACGGCGCUUGACAGGGCUGACCAUCAGUGACCUGAGGCAAGAAGACAGUGGCAGCUAUGCGUGCGAGGUCACCAACAGCUUUGGCUCUAAGGAGGUGUCUGGACAGCUUCACGUUAUAGAUCCACUACGAGUCACCUUGUCUCCUAAAAAUCUGAAAACGGGCAUCAGCAGCACACUGUUCUUCACUUGCACUGUGGAGGGCUCUCCAGAAUACACCAUCACCUGGUACAGGAACACGGAACCAAUCGUCCCCGACCAGCAUAUCUCCAUCCAGGGACAACACAACGACACCCUGCAGAUCACUGCAGCGCAGAAGUUCCACUCGGGGGCCUACCAGUGCUUUGCUUCCCGAAAGGGCCACACUGCUCAGGACUUUUCCAUUAUUCUGCUAGAGGAUGGUACUCCUCGUAUUGAGUCUUCCUUCAGCGAGCGGGUGGUGAAUCCCGGAGAGCCUUUUUCCCUCAUGUGCGGCGCCAAGGGAGCCCCUCCCCCCUCCAUCACCUGGACACUGGACGAUGAGCCCGUCGUGAGAGACUCCACCUACAAGACCAGCCAGUACACCCUGUCGGACGGCCUGACCGUGUCACACGUCAACGUCAGCAGCCCGCUCAUUCGAGAUGGAGGAGUGUAUCGUUGCGUCGCACGCAACUCGGCCGGUAGCGCCGAGUACCAAGCGCGCAUAAACGUAAGAGGUCCACCUCGAAUUAGACCCAUGCGAGACAUCACAGCAGUGGCGGGCAGGAACACCUACAUAACGUGCCGUGUGAUUGGGUACCCGUACUACUCCAUCAAGUGGCUGAAGGAUGGCAUGCAGCUGCCUGAUAAUCACCGUCAAGUGGUGUUCGAGAACGGCACCCUGAGGCUUACGGACGUGCAGAAGGGCGCGGACGAGGGAACCUACUUGUGUAGUGUUUUGAUCCAGCCCCAGGUGUCAAUCAACCAGACCGUCCAUGUUACUGUCAAAGUGCCACCGCUCAUCCAGCCCUUCGAUAUCCCCUCUACCUCAGUGGGGAAGCUCAUGUACAUCGCCUGUGUGGUGUCAUCUGGGGACAUGCCCAUACGCAUCACCUGGCACAAAGACGGCCAGCUCAUCGUGCCAGGCUCCGCCUCUGGCGUCGCAAUAGAGACCAAAGAGUUCAUGAGUUCCCUGCAAAUCUCCAAGGUGACACUGAAGCACAAUGGAAACUACACCUGCAUUGCCAGCAAUGCUGCUGCCACUGUCAGCUGGGAAAGACAGCUGAUUGUUACUGUUCCGCCACGUUUUGUGGUGCAGCCAAACAACCAGGAUUGUAUCUAUGGAAAAGCUGGAGUCCUCAACUGCUCCGUGGAGGGUUACCCACCCCCCAAAGUCAUGUGGAAGCAUGCCAAAGGUGUUGGGAACCCUCAGCAGUACCAUCCUGUCCCACUAACUGGCCGCAUCCAGAUCAUGUCAAAUGGCUCUCUGCUCAUUCGACAUGUUCUUGAGGACGACCGGGGCUACUACCUCUGUCAGGCCUCUAACGGAGUGGGCUCAGACAUCAGUAAAAGCAUGAUCCUUACUGUCAAGAUUCCUGCCAUGAUCACCAGCCACCCCAACACCACCAUGGCGAGGAAGGGCCAGACCAAGGAGCUGAAUUGCACUGCACGGGGCGAGCAACCCAUUAUUAUCCGCUGGGAGAGAGGAGACACAGUCAUCGACGCAGAGAGAAACCCCCGGUACUCAAUCACCAUCAACAAGAAGGGUGAUGAAGUCAUCUCCACCCUAAAGCUAAACCCAGCUGAGCGAGGAGACUCUGUCUUCUUCUCCUGUCACGCCAUCAACUCCUAUGGAGAGGGUCGAGGGCUCAUCCAACUCACUGUGCAAGAACCACCAGAUCCCCCUGAGUUGGAAGUGAGGGAGGUGAAGGACAGGAGUAUGAACCUGCGCUGGAUUCAAAGGUUUGAUGGCAACAGCAUCAUCACCAGCUAUGACAUUGAAUACAAGAACAAGUCAGACUCCUGGGAUCACAUGUACACAACGAGGAACAUCUCACCAACCAACAAUCAGGCAAACAUUGUAGAGCUGCACCCGGCCUGUGUUUACAGCAUUCGCAUGUACUCGUACAAUAAGAUUGGCCGCAGCCUUCCCAGCAAAGAGCUAACAAUCAGCACUGAAGAAGCCCCACCUGAUGGGCCACCAAUGGAUGUAGUCCUUCAGCCAAUGACAUCCCAGAGCAUACGUGUUACAUGGAGGGCUCCGAAAAAGGAGCUGCAGAACGGGGUGAUCCGAGGCUAUCAGAUCGGUUACAGGGAGAACGGUCCAGGUAGCAACGGCCAGUACAGCAUAGUGGAGAUGAAGGCCACGGGGGACAGUGAAGUGUACACUUUGGACAACCUAAAGAAGUUCGCCCAGUACGGGGUAGUGGUCCAAGCCUUCAACAGGGCAGGGACGGGACCAUCCAGUACUGAGAUCAACGCUACCACGCUAGAAGACGUGCCCAGCGAGCCUCCGCAGAACGUGAGGGCGAUCUCCGUGACAUCGGACGAGGCGGUAAUCACAUGGGCAGAGCCUCCACGGCUAACGCUGCACGGUGUGCUGAAAGGCUACCGGGUUGUGUUUUGGUCCCUCUUCCCUGACGGAGGUGGGUGCUGUGGGGGCCAGGCCCAGUGGCCAAUGCAGAAAUGGGGUGAAAUGCAGAAUAUCACCACCACACGUGAACAGGUGGAGUUGCGAGGGCUUGAGAAAUUCACCAACUACAGUGUUCAGGUGCUCGCCUACACACAAGCUGGAGAUGGGGUCCGCAGCAAUGUCCUGUACAUCCAAACCCGAGAGGAUCUUCCUGGUCCACCAGCUGGCAUCAAGGCAGUUCCCUCCUCUCCAAACAGUGUGGUCGUGUCCUGGUUACCUCCUCUCAAACCUAAUGGUGUUAUCCGCAAGUACACCAUCUACUGCUCCAGUCCAGGAUCUGGACAGCCAGCACCCAGCGAGUAUGAGGCCAACCCAGAGAUGCUCUUCUACCGUAUCACGCACCUCACCCGUGGUAAACAAUACCACAUCUGGGCGGCAGCCGUGACAACCGCUGGCCGAGGCAACAUCAGCUCAAAGGUCACAGUGGAGCCUGCUGGGAAAGUCCCAGCGAAGAUCCUGUCCUUUGGCGGCACAGUGACCACGCCGUGGAUGAAGGAAGUCCGUCUGCCCUGCAGCUCAGUGGGAGAGCCCGCCCCCACGAUUAAAUGGACCAAAGACAGCGAGGACUCAGCCAUUCCCGUGACAGCUGACAGUCAGCGGCAGAUCUUAUCCAACGGCACAUUGGUGCUACGUUCAGUCAAAGCAGAGGAUUCUGGGUACUACACCUGCACGGCCACUAACACCCUUGGCUUUGACACCAUCAUAGUCAAUCUCGUGGUGCAAGUUCCUCCUGACCAGCCUCGUCUAACGGUCUCCACUACCUCCACCUCCUCCAUCACCCUGGCUUGGAUCCCUGGGGACAACGGAGGAAGCUCCAUCAGAGGAUUUGUCUUGCAGUAUUCUGUGGAUAAUACGGAGGAGUGGAGGGAUGUGUUUAUCAGCUCCAGUGAACGUUCCUUCAGACUGGACAAUCUUCGCUGUGGAACCUGGUACAAGGUCAAGUUGGCUGCCAAAAACAGCGUGGGCUCAGGACGGAUCAGUGAGAUCAUUGAGGCCAAGACACAUGGAAGAGAACCAGUUUUCAACAAGGACCAGCCACUGCUCACGCACAUCAACUCCACUCAUGCAGGGCUCAACCUGCAGGGCUGGACCAGCGGCGGCUGCCCCAUCACUGACCUGAUGCUGGACUUUAGGCCCAAAGGCACCUGGGCCUGGCAGAGCCUCAAGGCCAACUCUACCACACAGCUCUUCCUCAGUGAGCUGCGUGAGGCCACCUGGUAUGAGCUCAAAAUGAAGGCCUGUAACAGUGCCGGGUGUGGCAACCAGAGCUCCCAGUUUGCUACCACCGACUAUGAUGGCAGUACAAUCCCCCCCAUUAAAUCAGCUCGUGGAGAGGGGGAUGAUGUUAAAAAGCUCUUCUCCAUUGGCUCUCCUGUCAUCCUGGUUACCCUGGGCGUCGCGUUGCUCUUCAUUAUUCGAAAGAAACGCAAGGAGAAGAGGCUUAAACGACUUAGAGAUGCUAAGAGCCUUGCUGAGAUGCUUAUCAGCAAGAACAAUCGCAGCAUAGACACGCCUGUGAAGGGCCCUCCUCAAGGACCAAGGCUCCAUAUUGACAUCCCACGUGUUCAGCUUCUCAUUGAGGACAAAGAAGGCAUCAAACAGAUAGGAGAAGACAAGGCAGCGGUGCCAGUGACAGACACUGAGUUCAGUCAAUCAGUGAAUCCUCAGAACUUCUGCACAGGCGUGUCUCUGCAUCACCAGGCCCUUAUCCAGAAUUCAGGGCCUUUGAUUGACAUGUCGGACAUCCGCCCUGGUACAAAUCCCGUGUCCAGGAAGAGCAUAAAAUCAGCCCACAGCUCCAGGAACAGAUACUCGAGCCAGUGGACUCUGAGUCGACCGAGUCAGAGCCAGUCGACGGCCUCUGCACGGACUCUGACCUCUGACUGGCGGACAAUGGGCUCUCAUGGCAUCACUGCCACUGAGAGCGACAGCUACAGCGCCAGCCUCUCACAAGACACAGAUAAGGGUCGGAACAGCAUGGUGUCAACGGAGAGCGCCUCCUCCACCUACGAGGAGUUGGCUAGGGCCUACGAGCACGCCAAGCUGGAGGAGCACCUGCAGCACGCCAAGUUUACCAUCACAGAGUGUUUCAUCUCUGACAGCUCAUCUGACCAAAUGACAACAGGUACCAAUGACCCGGCAGACAGCAUGACCUCCCUCAGCACACCGUCUGAACCAGGCAUCUGCCGCUUCACCGCAUCGCCGCCCAAACCGCAGGACUAUGACCGCGGAAAAAAUGUGGCCGUGCCCAUUCCCCACCGCGCUAACAAAAGUGAAUUCUGCAAUCUACCCCUCUACAUGAAGACGGACCCAUUCUUCCGCAAGCAAGGGGAGCUUCAUGACCCGUGCCCAGCUGUACCACCGAGGGAAGCCUCAAUCCGCAGCCUGACGCAGCGGGCGUAUCACACCCAGGGCCGUCACAAGACUCUAGACCCUGCCAAGCAGCAGGCCCUGACUCUGGGCCAUUCUGGGCUGGGCAGCUUGGGUGCGAGCUCGGGCACUGCCACCUUGCCCCAAAGGACUCUCACCAUGCCCAGCUCCAACAAUGCAGCAACAGCUUCUACUUCCAGCACGAGCAGCAACCCCACCAACAGUAACAAAGUGGGGGGUUCCAGAGACUCGCUGCUAGAGAGCAGCUCCUCUGCACUGGGGAGACUGCAGAAACAGAGUGUGGGCGCUUACUCCAAGUCAUACACACUGGUGUAGUCCGCUCACCUGCACAGACUUGCACUGCUGUCUCACUCCUCAGCCAGUGCCACUCUGGCACUCUUCAGUCCGGGCCAGAACGGGCAUGCGGCCAUCUUUCUUUAAACCCAACUAAUGGUGAACUGCCCAGCAUCCUGUCUAAUUUUCCCUGGGAAAGAUGUUCUCCCAGACAGAGACCCAGAUAACCCUACUAUUCAUGCUCCUGGGACUCUCUAAAAGAACUACUAACCAACCAACUAACAGUUCCAGCCGGCUGGUGCUCAGCUCCGCGUUCUCGCAGGAGUUGCACAGCAAAAAAAAAACAAAAACAAAACAAAACAAACAAAAAAAACAACAAAAAAAAAAACAACAGGAAGUUAUUUCUGUGGUCAUUUGGAAAUACUGACAAUAACCGAGGAGCUAGAAGCUCUAUGUUUAUGAUGAUGAAGACUACAAUAGCCAGUAUGAAGCUGUGUGGCCAUCCUGUCUCUCAUACGCACACACAUACUGUCCUCCAUAGUUUGAGUAUUAUUGUCAAUUUGCAAGACUUCCACUUAAGUUCCCUAUUCUUACUGUAUCUUUCACCCUUUUUGUGUCUCUUGAAGUCCCAAAUUGCUAUUGGCAGAUUCUCUCUUAAUGUUGAUUCCAAAAGUAAUGAUUCAGUUUCACUUCCAAGAAAGAUCGAAUUUCUACCACAUCCUCCACACUUCGCUCUGCAGCUGAACAGUGUCAAACUUUUUAAAUCACGACACCCCAAAUCAACCAGAUAUAAUUUCUCGCAUUACAAAUAGAGCAUAUUUGGUAUUAUAAAGAAUUUACAUAUAUAUUUCUAUAUAGGUAUAUUAUUGACAUUUAAGUGAAAUUAUGACAAAGUAUAAAUUGUGUGUACUACAAUAGUGUAGUAGUAUAUACAGCAAUUUAAUGUCCAAUUUUAAGAAUGAGACAAUCGCUCAAUCAUGAAAUUUAAAAAAAGAGAAAUUUACAAAGGUUUGACUUAAGAAAGAAAGUGUUUAGUAUAUAUACGGGAGGUUCUGUAGUGUAUAGUACGCAGGCCGACUAACAGAGGAGUGUUUCAGUCUGGUGAGCGGUGCUUUCCUAGCCCCAUGUCAGCAUGGGAAAGGCACGACAGGCAAGAGAACGCUGGGUGAACUGAUGUCCCUGGAUUGCAACGCCUGCUACGCUGUUUGUGUUUGGUGGAAACAAUCAUGACACAAGGCCUUCAAGGAUUUCUGUAGCAUUAUUUAAGUCUGCUCAUAAAGAUAUAGGCUCCUUGGUUUUUUAUUUAGGCUUUUGUGAGCCUGAGAGGUUGGUAAAUACAAUAGCAUUCAAGAAGCCAAAUCAGUGUCUCAGAGGAUCCCCAAAUAAUAAGUUUUAUGCUGGUUACAGACUCCAGUAUCUAUACAGUAUUAAAGUCUCUGCAUGUUUGUGGCAUGGAUGGCAGAGACUGACAGUCACAGGUAUAGUGUUGUAUCUUCUGCCUUCUCAGUCAGCCAGUCCUUGCCCUACAAAGAAAAAGAGACAGUUGGCUGAAGGAUUGCCAGUAAUAAUGUGAAUGAAGUAAAAUAAUUUAAUGAUGCUAUAUGUCAGGGAGUUCAGUUUAAAAAAAAAAAAUUAUAUAAUGUUGACUCGAUUGAUAUCUUUGUUGUUGUCCUGUCUGAAGUACUGUAAAUGUCCCGCUUUCUUUAUCUCCAUACCCACUAAUGUACAUUCACACAACAACCUAUUGGAAUGUCUUUUUCAAGCAUCUCCAUGAUAGUGUUUUGUGGUUUAUAUUUAUUUAUCCAUUUGCUUUGUUUGCUUGUUUGUCUGUUCAUGGGAGGGGAGUAUGUCAGUCUGUCAAUUUUGAUUUGUUAGAUUCAUUUUAAUUUGUUUGGGUUUUGUCAAAAUUUUGGUUCCAUAGGCCAAACGGUUCUAAGCUAUGUGGCCUGUGGCUAAAACUAGUUCAGCCAAGUGAAAUCAGGGACUCAUAGCUCUUUUGGUCACACAAACUACUAUUGUAUUGUGUAUAUACUGGACUGGAGUCGGUCUGUAAACUUGAAUCAUUCAGGCUCCCGUCAUUUUCCCCCAUUCUGAUGAAUUAAAGUAAACCUUCAUCACCCUAACCAUACUAGAUCCAUCAUCUCCACCUUCGUCAGUGUUGUUUAUAGAUUAAGUCUUGUACAUAAAACACAGUUUUGUAUGAAGAGCUAUUUUCGUCAGAAUAAAUCAGGGGACACAUCAGGGUUGAAUGCCCCAGUUUCAAAAUUGAAAUAGUAUCGAAAAUAAAAUAUUUUACUUCUGAAAUGGGCAAAAAAAACAAAACAAAAAAAAAAACAUUUUUCUUUCCCUUUAUGUUUUUGAUACAAAUUUGUUGAAUUUUUAUUCUUUUUUAAAGGUCUUUUGAUGUUGUCAUUUGUCCUAUUUACUUUUUUUAUUAUCAUUAUUUUGUAUUUUGUUCAUCCUCAGAAAAGUCAUUGCAUGCUUGCUAAAAGGGAAAAAUCGAAGGAAAAAAUGUAUGAAAAUCGAAAACUAAAAAAAAAAAAAAAAAAAAAAAUGUUGAGGGUAUCCCAAACAUUUGUUUGAGUUGCUUGUUACGGCAAUUGCUUGUGUUCAAAGGUACAUUUUCUAUGAAAAGAAAGCAAAAACUAAAAAGAUCAUUCUAACACCUUGUGCAAUAAAGCUAUCUUUCAUA